AUGGACCCCGACGCCGCCUUCGGAGAAGCCCGGAGGAGCCUGGAUGAGGUGCCCGCCAAGAGCAUGGACAGCUUGCUGAGCUCGCCGACGGCCUUCCCGGGCGGCGGCCACUGCAGGAACGUGACCCUGGGCGGCCUCAGCCCGACGAUGCACGGCUCCGCUUACCCCGCUCCGGCCCUGGACGGCCCUCCUUCCUCCGGCCCCGGAGACGCGUCGACAAAGCAAUGCAUUCCGUGCCCGGCCAUCCCGCAGGCAUCCUCGACGACCAGCGCCUCGCCCUUCUCCUGCGGAUAUUUCGGCGGUGCCUACUGCUCCUACCGAGUGGCCCGCGGUUCCCUCAAGCCGUGCCCCGCGCCGCCUCAGCCCGGCUACCCGACGGCAGCGGAGAAGUACCUGGACGCCUGCAGCUCGGCGCCCGCCGCCGCGGCUCCCGAGGAGUACCAGACGCGCCCAGCCGAGUUCGCCUUCUACCCGGGUUACGCGGCGGGGCCUUACCAGCCGAUGGCGAGCUACCUGGACGUUUCGGUAGUGCAGACCAUCGGAGGGCCUCCUGGCGACGCCAGGCACGAAGCGCUCCUGCCCGUGGACCCUUACCACGAACCCUGGGCCUUGGCCGGGGGAUGGAACAACCAAAUGUGUUGUCCAAAAGAUCAAAGCCCAGCAGGACACUUUUGGAAAACUGCUUUCGCAGGUAACCAAUGCCUUUUUUUUAAAAAAAAGAAAGAACGAACGAAAGAAAGAAACGGCCGCCUCUUUCUCUUCUCCCUUCUCCCCAGCCCUGUCACCGCCGCUGCCCUACAAGGCCGCCAGAUCCUCGGGGUGGAUUUCGUGGUUUUCCAGGGAGCUGGGUAGACUAGACCUCAGGGAGCGCUUGAUCCCCAAAAGGAAAAGAGCUGGGGCCUCCAUCCUGUCUGCUUUUCAACCUAGACGUGUGUUUGUGUGUGUGCUUGUAGUGACUGCGGGUAGUCCUGGUUGGAAACUUUGCAGAUGCUCCAAACCAUCUUUAUUCUCAAAUAUUCACCAUCUAUUCUGGCGCCGGUCCCUAUAUUAGCUUAGUUCUUGGGAUACCUGCGUUGCAUGUGUGUAGGUGUUUAGAUAUCACACCCACCCACGCUAUAAUAAGAUACGAUACAAUAUAAUACAACCAGCCUAAUAUCCCCCAGUUGUAUGAUAAAUUAAUGUGGCCUCAUCAGCUUCUAAGAGAUAUAUAUGAGAGAAUUGUGUGCGUGAGUGUGUGUAAUUCCAAUCAGUUCAUAUUGCAAUGAAAUCAGCAGCAGAUUUUUACACCCUACGCGCUGCACGCGGAGAUAUAGGCGUCAAAUAUGCACCAGCAGGGUGGCUAAUUUCACUGCUGUAUGAAUUGCUCUCAGGGUCACCUGAAAUAUUAUUACAAAAUAUAUAUGAGGUUAGACAACUAUGUAUGCCCUUUGUGUGCGCGUCUCUAUCCUCUUAGUUGCUGCUGCUUUAGUUUACGUAUGAAAAAUGCUGCUCAGAAAGGCUGUGAAAUCUCACCUACUGGUUAUUUUUCAACACCCAAUAUGACCUGGCGGGUUAGAGCUUUUUUCUAACAUACCCUGGAUCCUUCGGAUAAUAGCUAGAAUUAAAUAUGAACCAGCUCUCCAAUGGUGGAGCAGGCAUAAUGUAAUCAUAAUGUUAAAAAACCACAUGGGUAGUGUAAUCAUAAAUGUCUCUGAGCAUGUGUGGAGUGCCCUUCCCUCAUCGCUGAUUAGUCCCCAGUCAGCCCCAAUCACAAACCAGAAUUAGGGCGAGGGCCUCUGUGUUUGAGCACCCUCCGUCUCCAGCACCUGCCAUGCUAUCAAUAUUGCUAUCACAUUUUGCCUCAUUAAAUCAGAUCAGUCUCUACAAUGGAACUGCAAUAUAUUGGCAUUGCUACAGGUGCGUAAUACUCUAUCUUAGUUUUCCUACCCAUCCAGCUUUCUGUGUCUGCAUUUUCAGCUGCUGUUCCUUUGUUUUUAUAAAAAAAACCCUGAUCCAUCGCAUCCAUUAGAAACAGAAAUACUCCCCGCCCCCGUAACAUUGUGCACGGCCAGAUUGGUUCCAAGUGCCUUAGGGCAGAUGCAGAAAAUUAUAGGCAAUGGUAAGGCUGGAGAUUAUUGCUAUUCCUGCCAUGCGCCCCAAUGUAUCAGUGGGACACUGAUUGUAGAAUUGAGACAUAGAACCAUUUAUUUCCGCUGGAAGUCUAAUGUCAGUCUAGAGCAAAUUGACUCUAAGAAAACAAACGAAGCUUCGCUAUCUACCAACCAGUGUGUUAAGGAAGGCAGGCUAACCUCAGUAUUUCUGCUUUACUGGUCUGGAGACCCUGCUAGAUGGAAUGGAGAAAGAGGAGACAAGUCCUUGAGACAGACUAGUCCUAAAGAAAGGAUUAUGGCAGGGACAUGUUGCAUCCACAACAACAUAGGUAACUGUGGGGGGCCUAGGCAGAGGGGUUAUUGCCUUAAAUAUAUCAUGCACAGACAGGGGUUUUUUUUGCGGAUGGGAGAGCCAUCUGGAUGCAAGAAGGAUGGACUAGAUUACUACUGGUACUUCCUUUCAGCUACUACAUUCCCUUCAGUCUCUGUGUGGCCUUCCAGUGACCACUCACCUAACUGGUGCUUAAUAUGACUCUGCCACAAGGGGUCGUAGAAUCUUCCCCUGCUUUAAGCACAGACCUGCGGCCAUUGCAGUGUGUGACUGCAACCGACCAAACCAUUCAUUCUGGCUCAAGCCCUAUUAAAUUCUGCAGGAAUUCUCAGGGGGUAAGUGUGCCUUCAGUUGCACAUCUAAUGAGUAGCUGGUGGACUAUCAGAUGUGAGAUGUCUUAACAGAAGUGACAGACCUGUUGAGUCAGUCAUAGUUAAGUGGCUUUCCUGAAAACAAAUCUCCCAAGUCUAUAACAACAACAACAAAUUAAGUUGGGAGCUAAGUGUGUAAGGUUUGAGGUUGUGCAGAACUUUUCAUCAAGCAGAAGAAUUAUGCAAAACCCCAGGCCUUGCGUACUCCAGCACCAACUAAGCUUCUUCCACAAAGCAUACCAAUAUAUAUUUACACUAGCCCAAGCUUGAGGUUUUAAUCCUCUUGCAGUGCAACAACAAAUAUUUAGUCAAUUAAAUGUUUUCAGUCAAUUACCGGGGACCCAAUCCCUACCUAUGACUAAUGACCUGACUUCUGGUCCACUUUUGCAUUUACUUGAAAGAAAUCUCAUUUAAUUUCCAUGGGACAUCUUUCCACUUGAGUUUGUUUAGAAUCACUGCUAAACUUUUCCUAGGGGCAAAGAGAAGAUCAUUCAUCUGCUUCUCUGCUUAUUAAUAACAAAAUUACACUGAUCCACACUUACACCGCUAAGCGUUAACACAAAAUACAAACUCAGUGCAGAAAUAUUGCUUGUUUAUCAAUUUUCCUAAAUUAUUUCUAAAUCAUCUUUCAGGGCACAUUGCCCUCACAAGGCAGUGUACAAAAAUUCAUCCACAAAACGUAGUGGUAUAUUAUCCCAUUAAAUUAAAAAUCACAUCACAUCUUUGAAAUUGGUGUAAAAUGUAUUGCAACCAUUAAUGAAAUAGAAAUUAAAAUGUAUUAAAAUUUCUCUUAAAAACUGCCAGCAAUGGGGCCACAUAUACUUCCUAAUGUGGGGGGGGGGAAGUGGGGAGAUAAUUCCACAAAUAGUGAAUUACUGUGGGGGGGGGGGGAAUCCUGCCCCUAACACUCAUCAUUCUGAAACUUCUUAAAACUGAACCACAGAGCAUGGUAAAUCUGUAUAUUUACCUCAAAAUGAGUGUCCAUAAUACUUUCUGUGAAUGUAGUUGUAGACUGACAAUCUCCUCAUUAAUUAACAGACACAUCUUCCAAGCCACAACAUAAUAUUAGCUUUGCUGCAGCAGCAACAAUUACUGUAUUUACUUUUAUACAAUUCCGCCAAAAGGUGCAAAAAUCUUAAAAGCAGGGAAGCAAAUUUAUUAUAUAAAGCAUUUAUAUGCCACCUUUCUUUUUUCCUUUUCCUUUUUUAAAUAUGCCACCUUUCUGAUGCACAACCUCCCAAAGCUGUUUACAAGAUUCUGAAAUAAUAUUAGAGCAAUAAAAUUUAAUAUGAGACAAGAGAAGAAGAUUCCUGUAGGAAAAUAAAUAAAUAUGACAAGCGCAUUCUAUGAUGACCUUAUAUUUACGAGCAAAUAACUUUUAAAACUCUGCAUCAGUGUAACCAUUGUGGUGCUGUAGGCCCCAAUCCAGUGUAUCCCAAUGUUUUAGGUGUAGUAGCAAUUUCACAGUGCUCUGUGCUCCCAGCAAAUACCAAUGCAAUUUUGUUUCAGAAUUGCUCGUGUGAAACCCUACAUUAUCCAUUAUGGUGAUUCAGUAUUUCACGUCUCAUGUCUUUAAGGCCGCCAGCACAACAACAAAAAUUAAAGGUGCAAUAGCAGGAAGUUAUGGAAUAUCCUCCUCCAGCAAAUAUGCCUGACAUUGACAUUUCUGCACCAGGUUAAGACCUACCUGCUUACCUGGGCUUUUUUGAGUUGCUAGCAGUAGCCUCUGUUGUUCUAUUGAGUUGUGUUGGCUCCCUGAGAUGUUUUUAUGAUUGAUCUACAGCUGAUUUUAGGCAUGUUUUAUCUUCUCUGCCUAUUUCUUAGGUUGCUUGCAUUGUAACUGAUCUGUAACCCACAUUGAGAUUGUAAGAUGAAAGGUGGUAUAUAAUUAUAUUAAAUAAGUGCGUGUGUACAUACUUAUUUAAUAUUUAGUGUAUGUAUGUACACACACACAUUUAAUGUGUGUGUAUACAUACUUAUUAUAUACACACACAUAUAAUUUUAUACCUUUUUUUUUUUUUUUUGCAUGCAACCCCACUCAAAUGAAUGGGACCUGCUUGAGUCCUUCCACGCACCUGAAUGGGGAAUGGGCAGGAGAAAUUUCCAUUGGGUUUGCUCUAAUGUUUUUACUCAGUUAUGCAAUUGCUGUUAGUUACAGCUGACUGCACAGUGAACAGUGGGCAAUGAAAUAAAUUCAUAGCUAUUCAAAUUACGUAACAACAACAGCGUUUAUACUGCAAUAAGGUGUGCUGCCUUCGAUCACCUCAGCAUUGUAUUGCUGUGGCAGUAUAGCCCCCAAGGAAUAUAAAUAUUUCAGUAAUGUAUAACGCUGUGUAAGGUUAUCCACCACCAGCAUCUAGCAUUAUUUAUUGGUGUCUAGGCAGGAAAUAAUUACUCCAGACAGACAGGACACACAAGCAAAAACCUCUGUCUCAAAGAUUUAGUAAAGGAUUUUUUCAAAAUAUUAAUGGGCACAUUUGAAGUUAAGCACUUAUAAAUCUAUGGCUUCCAGUGGUAGAUUUAAGCAUGUGCAUACAUCUCUUUCAUUGAAGAUGCAAUGGGAAUUAAAAAUAUCUACCCUUGGCUGCAUCAUGUCCAUGUUUUUAAAAACUCAUUUAGUAAAAUGUGCCAAAGAUCAUAAGACUCAACUGAGGAUCUGGAGUGCAGAUGAUGGCUAUAAUUUACGUUAACUGACGUCCCACCCAGGAUAUUUCAAUGCAGCGUAGAUCCCGGAUGAAAUCAUUUCACAUUAAUUUUCAGAUCUAUGUGGCCAUACACUGACCACCCAAACAGUUUGACUGUUGUUUCAUAAAGAUACACCACAAAGAUGCUUAAGUGUUGGGUAACAAGCUUUUUUUAAAAAAAAAAAAAGCAGCACGCGAUAAAAUUAAUAAAUAACUCAGCCAGAUCUUUUGUUUCUCUUUCCCCAUUUUUACUUAUUUUUGGAAGUAAAAGUUCUAGCUCAGUCUUGAAAUUUCAAGAAAGCAUCUUGCUUGCUGGCAUCAUAACCCAACAAUUCCUCAAAACACAGUCUGUAAGAACACAGCAAUCCCCUUUGUUAAAAAGCUUUAUUACAUUUUUUAAAAAUUCCACACAUUAUGAAAUUGUAUGCUCCUAUCUACUAAAAUUAUUUCAGCACUCACUUUAUUUAGGUAACACUGCAGGUCCCAAAACAGCAUCUGGCUUUUUCCAUCAGAUACCAGUAACAUGCAACAGCAAGUAACUAUAAGAGGAGUAUUUCCUCGUACUAUUCAGUUCUGCAGGUUAUAUUCAUACAAAGUACCAAAACACAGUAUUAUUUUCUGUGAGCACUGUUCAUUACUAUAGUCUUCACUUACAGCCAUGUCCAAACUCCAGUGACACACACAGGAAGGCUAGCGGUCUGUUUGGUGUUAAUGAUUACAUAGAAAUGAAACACUGACAAUAAUUUAUUAAUAUACAGGUGUGUGUGUGUGUCUAACUAAAUCUUGUGAAUGUGAAGAUGGUUGCUAAAACAUAUGUGAGUAAUCAAAACCUUGUCCUGAAUAAUUUCCUAACACAACCCCCUUUCCUAAAAAAUAUAUAUUUGGAAAUCAGUUCCAUUGAAAUCAAUAGGGUUUUGCAUCAAAUUAUUUACAACCAGUGUAAAAGUUGCUCAGCUGAUCUGAACCCCCAACAAAGAUAUUUUAAUCCAGACUAAUUUGCAAUUUUAAGCCCUGCACUAUUACUCUUUAUAAUAAAUUAAAUACCUACAGGAAAAUAUGUGGCACACUUUGCUUCUAACUCCCGUUGGUUAAAAUGGGUUGGAAGCAAGUGAAAGGAAUUGUUGCCAGGCAGAUCAGUUAGGUAGAAAAAUAUCGAUUUCUAAAUUUUCCCACGUCUGUAUUUGACAGCCCACAUUUGGUCGAAUUGGGUGUUUUGUUUUUACGCACAACCUCCACAUUUAUCGCGCCAUGAUUUCAGUGGGAUUUUACGCGCAAAGCAAACUUCUCUAAAAUGGGGUUGUACUCUCGCAAAGCAGAGAAACGGCCUCACCGGCAUCAGACAGAGGCCGGAAAAAAGAAAAAGGCAUUAUGGCGGCAGAUCUGUGUUUCGGGGACAAAUUCAAUGCAUGUGAGAAUAAAUAGGGCAGGGGGGAAAUGAGGUGGUGAAAGAUAACCAAGAGAGAAUGAAAUGAAACGGAUAAUAUUCUGCAGAGUCUUAACUUGUGAGUUUAGGGGCCAAGAAAAAGUCCAGCGGUUUUUAGAAGAGUCCAUUUCGCUCGGCUGUGGCCUUGGGGGAUUUCCUAGACAAAGGACUGGGCGGUGGUGGUUAUGAGUUUCAUUCCCCAGGGCAGGCCUUCCUUCCUAACUCUCGUCUGAGUUUAACGCGCUCUCCUCUUUUCUUCCUUUCCUCCCUUCUGCCGGUCAGAAGCUGUAGGCCAGCACCCUCCGGAGGGGUGUACCUUCCGCCGGGGGCGCAAGAAGAGGAUCCCUUACAGCAAAGGGCAGCUGAAAGAGCUGGAGAAGGAAUACUCCAACAGCAAGUUCAUCACCAAGGACAAGAGGAGAAAGAUCUCCGCCGCCACCAACCUCACCGAGAGACAGAUCACCAUUUGGUUCCAGAACCGCAGGGUCAAAGAGAAGAAGGUCGUGGCCAAGGUCAAAGGCACCAGUGCGCCCGCGCCCGCGCCUGCUACCACCAACAGCAGCGGCCCCGGCAGCGCCAGCAGCACCCCGUGA